GCAUUUUUGCUUUGGAGAGAGGAGAAAACAACGCGGUGAUUUUGAGAAGAGGGUUUGGCUGACAAAACAAAAACAACAGGCGGAAAGUGAGCGAAAUAGAGCACAUUCGGGACGCAAACUGGAAAAACAACAGCUUUAUCCUGCGAAGAGCUCCGGAGUUGAGUGCAUUUAAACAACUCUCAGAUAGAAUUUUUCUUUGUUUGCAAGGACACAGGAAGGAUUAAUCAUGACAACUGAAAUGCAAGAGAUCUCCAAUACUGAAGAAAAGCCUUUGCUUACGGGUCAGGCGGACAACGCAAAGGAGGCAGAGAUUGCAGCCAGGAUAUUGUUGGACCGCGGUCAGGAGUACCAAAUUGAGACUCCUCAUGGUUUGCUGAAUGUGACCGUGCAUGGCACAGGAAACACCCGCCGGCCAGCUAUACUGACUUUUCAUGAUGUGGGGAUGGAUAGUAAGAGCUGUUUUUCCACCCUGUUCAAGUUUGAGGAGAUGCAGGAGAUUGUGAAAAACUUCACAGUGGUUCAUGUGGACGCCCCAGGACAGGAGGAGGGAGCUGCACUUUUUCCUUCUGGGUACCAGUACGUGUCCAUGGAUGAGCUUGCAGAAAUGAUUCCUUCAGUCGUGCAGUUCUUCAAUUUCCGUUCUGUGAUUGGAGUUGGAGUCGGAGCAGGAGCCUACGUCCUUUCAAAGUUCACUUUAAAUAAUCCAGACUCUGUGGAAGGACUUGUUCUGAUCAACAUUGACAUCAACGCCCGUGGCUGGAUGGACUGGGCUGCCCAAAAGCUCAGCACCUUGACUUCAUCCCUUGCCGAACAGAUCCUCAGUCACCUUUUCAGUCAGGAGGAUAACACAGACAUCGUUAAAGCUCAAAGAGAGAGGAUCUCAAAAGCUCCCAACCUGCAGAACAUUGAGUCUUUCUGGAAGAGCUACAAUAAUCGCAGGGAUCUGAUCUUUGACCGCAACAGUGGUUUCAAAUGUCCUGUUAUGCUGGUGGUAGGAGACCAGGCACCAUAUGAAGACGCUGCAGUGGAGUGCAACAGCAAACUGGAUCCAACUACCACAUCAUUCCUAAAGAUGGCUGAUGCUGGUGGAAUGCCACAACUCACUCAACCCAGCAAGCUGACUGAAGCCUUCAAAUACUUCAUCCAGGGAAUGGGAUACAUGGCUUCGUCCUGCAUGACCCGCCUGUCCCGCUCGCGCACGACUUCACUCUCCUCGUCCUACUCCAUCGACGGCUCCCGCUCGCGAUCACGCACCCUGUCGCAGGGCUCCCUCGGUGGCAACGUGCCGCCCAGCCCCUCCACCACGAUGGAGGUGUCCUCCUGAAAAGGGACUGAAAGAAAGGGCGAGAGAGGUGGAUAGAUGGAUGGAUGGCUAAAAGGGAAGGCACUACUAUGACAGGGUCAUGAUCAGUCAUAUCCAUUCAUCAAUUCGUAAGGCGACAAUGGGAGAGAGACCUUAAAAAAAGAGUGAGGAAGAUAGUUCUCUUAAAAAAACUAAAUCUCAUUCUCAUUUAUGAUUCGCUCAUCCCGAACAUUGGGGAUAAGUGACAGGUUGGUGAGGAAAUUUAGGUGGAAAUAAAGAGACAUAGGGAAAGAGGGAGGAAGAUACAAUUCAUCUCUCCAUCCCUCUUUUAAUUUAGAGCCCUUUACCCUAUGUGGUGCAGGCAGGGGCUAGAGAAAGACCCCAAAUGUAGUGCUAACCAAUACUAAGUAGUAAUACUUCUAACAUGAUAUAAUUAUCUAUAAAUAAUGGUAAUAUUGUCAUGAAAACAUAACAGCUCACUUAAUUACAUGUUAAGAAAUAGAGAAAAAAGACAAUAGAGUAGAAAUACUCAACAUAUGUAUGUGUCACAUUGUUUCAGUAUACUGUUUGGUGUGUUUGGAGUGAUUUUUUUUUUUUCUUCUUCUUCUUCUUCUUCUUCUGAUAUUACCUGUAAUUUUAUAGUCUUUAAUUUUCCAAUCCGGCUGCUUACAUCAAGGCGAAGUAUUAUGAUCUGUGCUUAAUAAUCUAAUAAUAUGACCCACCUGGGUAAUGGCAUCAGGUGUUGGCUAAAUACUGGUGUCUUUCUGUGGCAGCCAGCUCGUGUCUUCCAUUUACCUGGUGUUAAAGGACGCAAAAAUAUUGGGUGAAGGUGCAACGCAACUGAAAUAAUUCAUAAUUAACUGCUCCGAACUGCCUGCCUGAAUUGAAUGAUGUUUGAAUAUAGAUCUGGAACGUGUUUAAUCGUACAAACGUUAAGUUUUGAGGAUUUGUUUUUUGGAAAGUGAUAAGAAAUGCUAGCAGAGAUGCUUUUAUCUUUGCCUUGGUCAGCAUUGGUUGGAGGGUGAUUUCUAGGCACUCAAUUAGCACCCAGGCUGUUAUAUCUUAAUGUCCGCUUUACUUGGCACAAAGCAUAUAUGAUGUCUGGUUUUAUUAUACUGUCUUGUAAAUGUUACAACUUGAUGCUCACUGCCAUUUUUUAGCUGAAAUGUAUUGUGGUCCCUCCUUUAAUACAAUACUACAACAUUAACAAUCAAAAUAAUUAUUAGCAUUAAAAAUCUUAACACAAAUCGGCUCCCUUAACACUGCAAGAUCAAAAUUAAGAUCUGUUUUUAAUGUGCUCUGAUCUUACACUAUUCCAAAUAUCAGUGUUUUAUAAUGUUUCCAAAUAGACUACUAUUUAGACUAUAUUAUUUAGAUUUUUUUGAGAGGCCCUGGAUUAUUGCAGCAUUUACAGGUGUAAUAACCAAAUUCCAAAUUGCUCAUUGUUUGCUCCCUAAUUUUCAGAAUAAAUAACCCCCGCCUGGACCUUUUUGCUGUGAGGCGACAGUGGUAGGCCACCGUGCCGCCCUUAGCCAAAUAAUAUAAUAAAAAUUGGUACCUGGGAUGAGCUGUGUAUUAGUCUUUAUACAUUUGAUACAACAAGCACACGUGGAAAAGGAACAUAAAAAAAUUAAAUUUAGCAGACAUAAGCUUGUUAACUACCAUAUGUGGGUCAAUUUUGAACAAUAAGCAUCUCCUUCUAAAGUUUACAGUUUGGUUUUUACACCAAAGGCUAAACUGGAGCUAAGAAGAAGUAAACUCACUCAUAGUGCUGUAAAUGUAUUUCCACAAAUGUAAGACUUUGAUCACUGAGAACUUUACAUUACAGAUAUUACAAAUCCAAGCUAAGUAGGGCUCACUUCUAACACUGCAGGCACAUUGUUUGUAUUGUCAUGUGAUUUACAUGUGGUGCACACAGUAGCUGUAGUUUAUAUUGUCUGCAGCCAUAUGAAACCAUGGGAUCAUUAAUAUUAAUACACAUUAGUGCGUUUAAAUACUAAAUAUUAGUAAUUACCGUAUGGCACACUGUACCAAACAUUGAUUUAGACAAAAAGUCACAUGACUUCUGUUGAGAUUGGAUUUUUUUUUAGUACCACACACAACUGGCUCAAACUGGAAUUGAAAAUGUGUAAAAUACUUUUGAUUUACUGCUUAAAUAUGCACACAUUGGAUUUGGUCAUCUUUACUUGCAGUGUUAAAGCAGUCGUUGUGUCCCUGCGUUUGUACAUAAUUAUUAUGUACGCAAUUUUUCUUAGUUUUUCCAUGUUACAUCAUUUUUGGUAAGCUUUACCAAGUAGCCUUUUGUAACUAAAUAAACAAUCAUUUGGAAUCAUGUCCAGAUGUUGGCCAAUUUUUACUUUAGAAGCACCCUAAGCUUAAGAAAUGAAUCAUUUUAUAUUAAAUUUGUAUUCCCUGAUUACGUUUUGUGUAAGCCAUACACUGCCAGCUUGUCAGCUAACCAGCACUUGACAGCAUUGUGCUGAUGUUGAUAGCACUUUGGUGCAGAGCUUUAAAGAACCUGCCUAAUACAUUUUCUAUCUUAACAAAUUGAUCUAGGUUUAAGUUAUUAAACCCACCAAAUCACUAGCCAAUACAGAAAGACCAGCACUGUAACACAAUGUGUUGUGAUGCAAUGAUAUUCAGCAUAGCACUGCCCUAAAACAUUAAAUCAUUAAACAAAUAACCCUUAGAUAGUCUGGGAUCUGCUUAUUAGGCUGCACUGUAUGUGUUAAGUUAGACUGCAAGUUACAGGGUUUGUGCCAAUAUUGUUCUAACACAUAAUGGUCGACUGUAGGGCAAAUAUUUGUUCUAGUGCACACUAUAUGACUUUAAAGAGGAAAAGUGUACUCUAUACAGCUCAAUCCCUCUCCUGUAAUCCCGAAAUGACAAUCAGACACAAAGUGCAUCAACUCCAACUUAAAUCCAGUUUGUCUGUCGUAGUUUAACAUACAAAGUUUUUGUUGUAGAAACAAAAAGGUGUUAGUGCAAAAUGUAUUAUUACUUACUAUACUCAAAACAGUAAGUUGUCUGUUGGUGAAGAAAUAUUAAGCACACUAUUUAGCAAUUACUUAGGUACUCUCUAAUAACUUUUUUAUUUUCUUUACAGACCUAUUUUUACUUUCCGGUGAAAGUAAUUAGUACUUUGGGUAGUGAACACUAUGUAACUGAUUGCUGGUAACAAUCGGAGGCUUGGACUCUCAGGACAGCUGGAGAUAUUAGGUAGUCGAGAGAUGCAGAUUACAAGCAUGGGUAAUGGGCAACCACAAGUGUACUACUUUGUUAGAAACUAAAAACUUAGGAGUGCUUAGUUGAUGCAGCGUGAUAAGUCGCUAGCACACCAGCGCAGAGAUUCCGAACUCUCAGGUUUGAGUUUUGGCUCUGCUACCGUUAGGCUGGGUGCCCUCUAGCAGGCAUAAUUGGCCUCCAGCCUGCAGGGUGGGAAAUGACCAGAUUAAACAGAGGGGCUGUGUCAGGGCACCUGCACAGAAGUAAAUGAGCGCAGAGGUCGAGGUGUGGCUCUCCGUGCCGAAGCCGGCCUCACGUGCAAAUCCACCGACGUGUGGGUGUAUAAGAAAGGAUCAGUAGACUGCUCACAUGUCGGUGGGAGUGUGUCAGUAAAGUCACCCCCUCUUUGGGCACCACUAGGGGUCCCCUGCAGCAGAUUGACUAUGCUAAAUUGGGAGAUAAAAGCAGGUGAAAUGCAAUGUAAAAAGACUGGAACUUGUAUAGUGUGCACUAGAAUUUUGGACGUUCCAAUAUUAAGUCAGCAUAGCUGUAGACUUGAGCAGAAGUUAUACAGAAAGCAUUACGUAAAAGGUAUGUUUUGUUAAAAAUUGCUGGGUUCAAGUUGCAUAAACCUUAAAAAUUACCAAUAAAAAACUGAUCUUUCAGUUAUUAAGCUAUAAAAGCUUCAGGAGGAAUACAAUUACAAUGCUUUAUGCACUGCCAGGACACAUACUAAACUAUUGUUAGAGUUCCCUGAGUACAUUUUUUAUUAUCAUUUCUGUAAAGAGUUGCUACCAAAAAGGGAAAUGUUGGAUUUCUGUUCAGAAAAAAAUAAUAAUGGAUUGUAAUUCUCAGUUUUGUGGCUGAAGCUGUGCGAUCUCUUGUUCUUGUUCUCUUUAUAUUUUGUUUUAUAUUAUCCUUUUUUGUUUUCAGUUAUCCCUGUUAGACCUUCAAGCAUACCUUUUUCCUUAUUGUGAUAGGUUACUGGCUCACUUCUCACAAGUUAAACAUCUGUGCUUGUUCUUGUGUAAACCUUUUUUAACAGCAAUUAAAAAGGGAAUUUAAUAUUAUUAACAAAAAAAUAAAUAAAUGUGAAAUAUAAGACACAAUCAAAGUUGCUAGUGUGGCUAAUUCGUCUGUGUAAUGCUUUAAACAACUGAAAAAAGGUAUUAAUAAAGGGGAUACAAAUCA